AUGGUUAGGAUUAUAGCUGCACUUGCAUACAUAAUCCAAGCUCCGUCAGGCAAACUCUGCGGGGCCCGGCUCCUGAGAGGUGUUGCUAGCUCGCGCCGGAAGGCUCUUUUGUCUCUACUCCCUCCGCUUUCCACCUCGGCCGUCCUAGGGCCGAAGGCCGAUCGGAUUGCCGUUGCUUGCCUCCUCCCCCUCAAUUCUCCUCAGACCCCUCCCCAGAACCCUGAGCUCACAAAUCGCUGCUUCACCUUUCAUCUUCAGCCUGUAGCCGCUCCGUGGUUUUGUGCGAUGGCCAAGUUAACCGACUUACCAGAUGACCUGGUCCUUGAGAUAAUCAAACUCACUAUCAAAGACCCCCUGGGGGGGCGGUAUAGGUAUAUUAAUGAUGAUCAUCAUACAUUCGAUCUCGAGGAAAUUAGAGGCAUUCCAAAAAAAACAAGACCCCAUCUCGAAGACAGAACCUACUUUGGUAACUACCAUUCUCCCCGGGAUGACUAUCGGGGGAAGGAGCGAGAAAACGUGCCUCCAGUUUCAUGGCCUGAGGGUAUUCCUCGUAAUCCAUACGUAACCAUGUCAUUGGUCAGCCGCAACUUUCGAAGAUGUGCCCAGCACGUGCUGUUUAAUAAUGUGGCUUUGGAAGACCAAUGGCAGGCCAGCUUGUUCCUGCAGGCACUAAUCCACCCAUCCCCUCACGACAAACGUGGUCGAGCGGGCGAACCAACCGGUGCCACAGGCCACCACGAUUCUGGGCUGAAUGAAAUCGAGGGUGCUCCGUCGUCGGGAACAGAUUCUCCUCGUCUGAACGUCGAAGUAGCUCGAAACGUCCAUUCUUUGCAGUUCAAGUGGGCCGGUCCCGGUUCGAUGGGAAAGGGAGGUGGAAGAUUGAUUUGUGAGAUCCUGCGAAGGUGUCCGCUGCUCGAAAAUAUUGCCAUCGGUCCGAUGUUGUUCCAUCGCUGCAAGGAACCCAUCUUCGAAGCCCUCGCGAGCCGAAAGUUUAUCAAAGAAUUUGUCGUCCUCCGUAAAAAGUAUAUGCAUAAUUCUCCGAUGCUUGACUGGCGGGCCGAUGAAGUGAUCACGCGAUUAUUUUCCAGAUGGGACUUCCUAGAGACAAUCGAGAUCCCGGAGCUCCUUGGUCAGUCAGACGAGGCAAUCGAGACGAUCCCUCAAUCAGUACGCCCCUUACCGAAUUGCACCCUGACAACUGUCAUCCUAGAGAGGCCGGAUUUAAACGAGAUGGAGCUUUCCUGGCUUUUGAAGGGCUCUAUACACAGCAUGCAGACUCUCAAGAUCCUGCGCCCAACCUCGAAGCUUGAUUCCUCGGCCAUGUGUCGUAUAUUAAAAGAGUGCACUGGUCCGCAGUUGGAAUCCUUGACACUUGAACUUGGUACCGGCAAUAGCAGAGGGUGCCCCGAAAGCUGCGGCCUCCUAGACACUGUAUUCGAGUCCUCUUCCGCAUUGAGGAAACUCAAAUCUUUAUCUCUCGAUUCGUUUCCCGUCAGCCAGGAUUUUUUGACUCUUUUGCCUGAAUCUCUCAUCAAGUUUGCCUCGGAUAACAAUGAAUUUUCGGCUGCUUCAUUUUUCAGCACAUUUUUCAAAGAAUCCCCAAGCCUGAGCGACACCAAAGUCAAUGAGCACUCUACUGAGCCAGUUUUCUCUAGACCUCAAUUCACCGAUGAGCAUGAUAGAUGUGUCCACUCCUUACCCAACCUCAAAUGCUUCUCAGUACGCCUUAUUAGGAUGCAAAACAAAUGGAGAAAGAAAGAUGCGGACGCGAUCACGGAGUUUUUCAAAUCACGAGGAGUUUGCUUUCAUAUUCCUGCCUACGACACAUACGAUGAUGAGCGCCCCCUACCGAAUCCCCAUUGGCAGGAUCUUGAUGAGCAUUUCGAUCCGAAUGAUGACUAUGACGAUCAUUCGUUUCUGUCUGGGCAUACGGGGCGUGCCUGA